GCUGAGCCGCUUCCUGUAGGCAGCGGGAUGAGCGCAGACAAAGCUGGGUGGGGACUCGCCGCUCGGGGCUGCUGCUGACCACCCUCCUCCUCCUCCUCCUCCUCCUGCGGCCGCAUCCCUCCGGCCCUCCCUCUUCCACCAUCCAUCCAUCCCUCCAUCCAUCCAUCCCAGCGUCCGUCCGUCCGUCCGUCCAUCCAUCCAUCCAUCCCUCCGUCCGCCUGUCCGUCCCACCGCCCGCCUGCCCCGCGGGGACCGGGGCACCGCCGCCCGCUUCCAGGCGGUGAAGGGCCGAGAGGAGCGGAGCUUCCCUUAGAGGCGCAAAUCACCGGAGAGAUCGGCUCCUGGGCUGGGAGCAGCCCCGCAGCUGAUCCCGGUGUGUUCCCGCCCGCAGCCCGUCCCCGGGAGCGCUCCUGGCCCGCCCAUGGCUAGCAACAACACUGCUAGCAUAGCGCAAGCCCGCAAGCUGGUGGAGCAGCUGAAGAUGGAGGCCAACAUCGACAGGAUAAAGGUGUCCAAAGCAGCAGCAGACCUGAUGGCGUACUGCGAAGCCCACGCCAAGGAGGACCCGCUAUUGACCCCCGUCCCGGCCUCAGAAAACCCCUUUAGAGAGAAGAAGUUCUUCUGCGUGAUCCUGUAAACCCUGGAGGAGCCUGACGGGCACUCAGGCCACCCUGAACACUGGUGUAGAGUUUUUAGGAACGGGGACGACCUGCUGGUCCGCAGAAUUUAAACAAAAAUAAGUUAGAAAAAAAAAGCAAAACAAAACAAACCCACGGCCUGGAAGCUACAGAGAUGUGCAUGUUUAAAGAACCCGGCCACCCUUGGGGGAAUCAGAUGAUCCGCAUUGCGAGGCAAAAGAUCUGAAGUCUGUAGAGUUGCCUAGAAAGAGAAACAAACAAACAAACAAACAAACAAACAAACAAACAAACAAAACCCAUGUAAAGGAUAAAUCCGUGUCACUUUUCCGCUCACGCAAUUGUUGGGUUGUUCCGUACUUAGAGCACCAGGGCGGUGCUGAGCAAAGUCAGCUGCUGAGGAUGUGCAUAACCUUCUCGGAAUGAUGCUGUUGGUUUCUCUCCAAGCUGACGCUUUUGAUUUGUCAGAUAACAAUAGCGGCAGGUUAGGUGGCUGUGCUGUUACUCGGUGUUUGGUCUCGUGCUUUUUCAUUUCUGGCUGUAGUGUAGCAGGGGGUGGGUCCGGGGGGGGACACCGGCAGCUCCGUGUCCCCAGAAAACCCCGCUUCCUUGUUUUUUUGGUUUUUUUUUUUUACCAUUCUCUCGGUGGUUAGCUUUGGUUCUGCGAGUAGAAGUGGUUCCUGUGUCGUGCUUGGUGCUUCCCAGCCCCGUGAUGAGCAUUCAGUGGUAGUUGCAUGAGAGUUUCAAUUCCGUUCAUCCGCUCCAGACUUUUCUUUUCCAGCGUUUGGCACCACGUGCUGGUGGAAGAAGCCGUAGGGAGGAAGCAGAGGUGAUUCUGAGAAUGAAGGGAGCUCCUGAGAUGCCUUAGACGUGCCUGAAAUGCCUCCUGCCGCAGGGUGCAGGGCGAGCCAGAAAAUCCGAAAAUCAAAGCCGACCGCUUCUUUCCGGGUCUUUCCUUUCUCCGACACCUCUGUGCCUCUGCCCUCCUCGCUUGGUCCUGCGCUUUUCCCUGUUCCUGGUGGCUCUUCCUUCCCUUGGGGCUGGUCUGGAAUGUUGCUGGGGUGUUGUUCAGUGCUGGGAUGCUGCUCCAGGGUGGGAUACAGCCCCGUGGUGGGAUGCUGCUCCUCCAUGGAAUGCUGCUCCUCCAUGAGAGGAUACAGUCCCAUGGUGGGAUGCUGCUCCAUGGAAUGCUGUUCCACCACAGGAUGCUGCUCCUCCAUGGAAUGCUGAUCCAUGACAGGAUAUAGCCUCAUGGUGGGAUGCUGCUCCUCCAUGGAAUGCUGCUCCUCCAUGGAAUGCUGCUCCUCCAUGAGAGGAUACAGUCCCAUGGUGGGAUGCUGCUCCAUGGAAUGCUGUUCCACCACAAGAUGCUGCUCCGUGGUGGGAUACAGCCCUGUGGUGGGAUGCUGCCCCUCCAUGGAAUGCUGCUCCAUGGUGGAAUGCUGCUCCAUGGUGGAAUGCUGCUCCAUGACGGGAUACAGCCCCGUGGUGGGAUGCUGCCCCUCCAUGGAAUGCUGCUCCAUGGUGGAAUGCUGCUCCAUGGUGGAAUGCUGCUCCGUGACGGGAUACAGCCCCAUGGUGGGAUGCUGCCCCUCCAUGGAAUGCUGCUCCAUGGUGGAAUGCUGCUCCAUGACGGGAUACAGCCCCGUGGUGGGAUGCUGCCCCUCCAUGGAAUGCGGCUCCAUGGUGGAAUGCUGCUCCGUGACGGGAUACAGCCCCGUGGUGGGAUGCUGCUCCUCCGUGGAACGCUGCUCCUCCAUGGAAUGCCGCUCCAUGGUUGGAUGCUACUCCAAAAUGGGAUGCUGCUCUACCCUGGGAUGCUGCUCCUCCAUGGAAUGCUGCUCCAUGGUGGAAUGCAGCCCCAUGGUGGGAUGCUACUCCAAAAUGGGAUGCUGUCCCACCGUGGGAUGCAGUCCCACCCUGGGAUGCAGUCCCACCCUGGGAUGCUGUUCCAUGCUGGGAUGCUGUUCCACGCUGGGAUGCAGUCCCACCAUGGGAUGCUGUUCCACGCUGGGAUGCAGUCCCACCAUGGGAUGCUGUUCCACGCUGGGAUGCUGUCCUAAUAUGGGAUGCUGUCCCAGCAUGGAAUGCAGUCCCACCCUGGGAUGCAGUCCCACCCUGGGAUGCUGUCCCGCCCUGGGAUGCUGUCCCACCAUGGAAUGCCGCCUCACGUUGGGAUGUUUCUGCCCCUUCCUGCCCCCUCCUCUCCCGUUCCCGCUGCCCCCUCACCCCGUUGGGAAGGGCCGGGGCAGCAGCCCUGGGAGCCGUGGGGCCGCCCCUUCCUGGAGGUGCCCGAUUCCCUGUUUACACACCGCCUGGGCUCUGUUCCAGGCUGGGGAGUUAUCCCCAGGUCUGCUUCACCUGCUCCCAGCUCCUGGGGGACGCACGCCACCGUUUUGGGCUCCUCCUUGGGUCCAUCCUUCUGUGGGUGUGGCUUGUCUCUCCUUUCUGCUGCUAAACACCUCCUGGCUUCCCCCUGCUCGUCCAUCCUCCUGGGAAACCUCGGGAAUCGUCACCUUGGGAAUCGUAACGUGGGGAUUUACGUACAAAAUGUCACAAAGGGGCUCGGGGGUCUGCGGUGACCCCGCUGAACCUGUUCUGAAUCAGGUGUGAGCUUAAAAAAAAAAAAUCCCUGUGGAUCUGGGAGGGCAAAAGUCUUUAGGUACUUUUUGGUAACUCUUUCUAGCCCAUGAAAAAAAAAAAAAAAAAAAAAAGUGCUUUUUUGGUUUUUCUACCUUUUCAUACUCUUUUUCUAGCUCUUCUACAGAAAAGGCCAGUUCUUCUCACACUGGACUCCAAACUUUUGGCACCUGGGAGUGUUUAUAAGCCACGAGUAGCCUAGAUGGUCCCAGCCCCCCCCGGCUAAUUCCUCCAAUUUUGAUCUUUUUUACAACAGCUCCCGUAGUUUUAGGAUGAAGGACGGAUGAAGUGGUUUGCUCUGCAGCUGGUUUCACUCUUGGUUUUACCAGGCAGAGAUGUAAAAACCCCAUCCCGAGUUUUAUCUUUUCUUUUUAAUCUGGUUUGUUGUCACAGAGAGUGAAGCGCAGCCGGCCUGACCCGGGGCUCCCACCCCCUCCCACCCCUUCUUCAAACGCUGUCACAAAAGUGGUUUGUAACAAUUUUUCUAACGUCCUGCCUGUUUUACAACUGGAAUUCUUAAUAACUCAGACGACGAAAUAAACCUGCAUGAACGCGGGGGAAGCGGGGAGGGGCGGGGGGAGGUUUUGAAUUAACCCCAAAAGUACUCAUUGAAGGUGUUUUACGUCGCUGGGCUUGAUUUUCCGUCUGGUCGUGGUGUUCCCGUUGGUGUGCUGCCAGGUAUUUUCACCCCAGUAUUUCUAUUUACACAGAUCUGCCUUUGUUAGCCAAGCAGAGAUCGCCUGCCAAGGUUGUUUCCCUUCCUCACAACCAAAAAAAAUCCCACCCAUCCCUCCAUCCCCGUGCUGGAUUUCCAGUCUCAAAUGACAUUCUGCUACCCCCAGGCUUUUAUAGAGAAAAAAAAAAUUAAUAUCUGGAGUACUGGAAAUAAGACUUUUAUUGUCUGCAAACGUUGCUGGUGGCAAGCCUGCCCGCGGGCUGCCACCCUGCCAGCAGCAGGAUUUUGGGGAGGGGGCGGUUGUAGGCGAAAGCCGGUCGUGGUGUAGCGCAUCCCCAUCCCAUGUGGUCUGUGUACUCGUUGGAAAUAAACUUUUGGAUUUGUUUCAA